AUGCAAGGGGAAGAUACAGAUCGAGCAGCCUUUCUAAGACUGAAAACCAAGGCUAUUUUCAACAGAUUGGAGCGCUUUAUCAAAGAGUUGGACUCAGACAAGCUGCACAGUAUGGACGAGUACAGUAUUUCGGCAACGCUAGAAUCUCUGGUCGAAUUGAAAUCCAACUUUUCUGUCGCGCAUACGAGCUUAGAGGAAUUAGAUUUUGACUCCAUAGCCAGCGAUUUGCCAAGCCACUUCGAUGCUGCUCUAAUCAACCUUAGGGCUAGCUUGCAACGCGAGAUAGGUAAACGUAGUACCUCUCAACAUUGCUCCACGUUCAGGAUGAACUCCAGUGAAGCCCAAUCAAUCGUCGUAAACGCCAAUAGUUCACGUCUACCAUUACUAACGCUGCCUAAAUUUUCUGGGGCCUACACUGAGUGGACAAAUUUCUAUUCGAUGUUCACGUCAAUUAUCGACAAGGACAGCGACCUCACAAACAUCGACAAACUACAACAUUUGUGUUCCUGUUUGAGUGGCGCUGCCCUCGACACCGUGCGAUCACUGGAAAUAACCAAUGAUAAUUAUAAAACUGCUUUAGAACUUUUGCAGAAGCGUUUCGAUAACAAACGUCUUAUAUUUCAGGCACACGUCAGGGAGAUAUUUGGGCUGAGCAAGGUGGAUUCAAACGUAGGCAUGCUCCGAAAGCUGACAGACAAGGUCACUUCGCACAUUCGUGCAUUACAGUCGCUCGCACCUAACGAGAAAAUUGCAGACUGCAUCAUCGUACAAAUGAUUCUCCAGAAACUUGACAAAACGACGCAGGCCAAAUGGGAGGAAACCUCUUCGAUCAGCGAGCUGCCAUCCUGGGAUCAAUUGACUGCAUUCUUGGAAAGGCGCUGCCGAAUGCUUGAGAAUGUUGAGCAUGCUGUUCAAGCACAGACUGGUCAGGCGUUAAGGCAUAGCAAAAACGACAGUAUUAGUCAAAGGAAAACGUUCGUCGCCUCCAAAGGCUCAACACGUGUUUGUGUAUUUUGUCGAUCACCCGAGCAUGCAAUUUAUAGUUGUCAACUUUUCGCAAAUUUAGAUCCGAACUCGCGCCUGGGGGAAGUUAAGAAGCUUGCACUUUGUCUUAACUGCCUCAAGGCUGGCCAUCAAAUGCGGGACUGCAAAUCCGGAUCGUGCCGCACCUGCCAGGCGAAACACCACACGCUCCUGCAUUUUAACCGCUCAACUGCUUCGUUAACCGAUAGUCAAGCCGAUGCUUCAUCGGUGGCCACAAUUCGAUCCAGUGCUAUGACUGCAUCGAUAUCUGCUUCGCUUAAUGCCCCGGUGUCUCCUUCUGAUGCUGUGCUCCUAGCUACUGCCGUCAUUCUUAUAAAAAAUCGUGCUGGAAUCUUCGUGUCCUGUCGCGCUCUUUUAGAUUCUGGUUCCCAGUUGCACUUCGUCACAACUCGCUUCGCAAAUCAACUUCAGCUAUUCAAAACAAAGGCUUCUGCUACAGUCUCUGGAAUUGGAGAUGCCAACUUCCCAACAGAAGGUUACUCACUCGAUCUCGUACUUAAGUCGCGGAUCUCAGAUUUUUCAACAAGCAUCACUGCCCUUGUUGUGAAAACCAUCACCGACAAUCAGCCUGGCUGCUCCGUGAGCACCAACGAGUGGAAUGUUCCGUCGAAUAUACCACUAGCCGAUCCUGGGUUCAACUUACCACAGCGUAUUGAUCUGCUCAUCGGAGCAGGACUGUUCUUCGAUCUACUUUGUGUGGGUCAGAUACGCUUAGGAUCUGGCUUACCACUACUUCAGAAAACUCGUCUCGGAUGGGUGCUAUCUGGAGGUGGGCAACAAACUCCAAACCUGUCAUCAUUCGUCGUGAGGCAGAAAUCCUCCAGUGGUCUCAUUCCCAGCACUCGGCUGGACUAUUUAGUACGUCGGUUUUGGGAGAUCGAGCACAUUUUCGAACCGAUCUCUAAGGCCUCCCAAGAAGAUCUCGACUGCGAAGCCCACUUCCAGGAAAAUUAUUUUCGAUUGCCAUCAGGUGAAUACUCUGUUCGUCUGCCCAUAAAACGCAGCAUGGAUGCCCUAGGAGACUCCUAUUUACAAGCUCGUCAACGCUUUCAAGGUCUGGAACGAAAAUUCGCCCGUAACCCUGAUCUAAAGGCAGAAUACAGUAAGUUUAUUAAGGAAUAUCUGGAUCUCAACCACAUGUCGCUGGUUUCCAACGAGGUUGUACAACAAUGCAAGUACUUCCUGCCACAUCAUUGCGUUAUCAAGGAUGACAGUAGUACAACAAAAUUGAGGGUGGUUUUUGAUGGAUCUGCAACCACUACCUCAGGUUUUUCGUUAAAUGACCUGCUCAUGGCAGGCCCAACUAUUCAACCGAAGCUUUUUCAUAUUCUCAUUAGAUUUCGUACUUUUCCUAUAGCACUUACUGCAGACAUCUGUAAGAUGUAUAGGUGUGUUCGCGUCACUCCACCGGACAACAUGCUCCAAUGUAUUUUGUGGCGAGAAUCUCCACAAGAAGACUUUCGCAUCUAUAAGCUCGACACGGUGACGUAUGGAACUAAGCCUGCAGCGUUUCUAGCCAUCCGAGCCAUGCACCAACUCGCAGCAGACGAAUCCGCGACUUAUCCCAUUGGAGCAGAAGCGGUACUUCGGGACUUCUAUGUAGAUGACCUGAUAACUGGGGGCGAUUCAAUGGCAGAAGUACUCAACAUUAAACUGCAAACAACUAGCCUUCUUACUCGAGGAAACUUCAAGUUACGCAAAUGGUGCUCUAAUAGUCCUGAGAUCCUUCGGGAUAUUCCUGACGUAGACAAGGAAAAGUUUCUUAAGUUUGACGAUGGCAGUGACAUCACCAAAGCACUGGGGCUUGUCUGGGACCCGCACAAGGACAAAUUGCUAUUUUCAUUUGUACCACAAAGAGAAUUCGGAAAAAACUCCAAACGCUCUGCUUUGUCUACACUAGCUCGAUGUUACGAUCCCCUUGGACUAAUGGGGCCCACGCUGACCAAGGCGAAGAUUCUUCUGCAACGAAUGUGGAGAGAUAAGCUCGAGUGGGAUGAGAGUCUGCCACAAUCGUUAGACACUGCUUGGUCUGCUUUUUGCACUGGAUUUGCAGACAUGCAGUAUCUAUCAUUUCCUCGUUACGUUUUUCAGUCUGAAGCUAUUAGAGAAAUCCAUGCAUUUUGCGAUACAAGCCUUGAAGCUUAUGGGACUUGUGUUUACACGCGAUCAACCAAGGACAACAACAUACAGGUUCACCUAUUAUGUUCAAAGGCUCGUGUCUCUCCACUAAAGACCGUCACCAUACCCAAGCUGGAACUCUGUGCAGCAACAUUGCUCGCACAGCUAAUGGAUUCCUCCACUGUCCUUUCGUGGAUGCGAGAAGAACCGUCAAGGUUUAACGUUUUUGUCGCCAAUCGGGUUUCCACCAUACAUCAACUGACAGAGGGUAUGCAAUGGCACUAUGUUCCUACAGCAAUGAACCCGGCUGACAUUUUAUCGAAGGGAGCUACACCCCGGGAACUUCUAGGAUCGAAACUUUGGAUGCACGGCCCAUCCUUUUUGCUAGAAGCGGAGGACAAGUGGCCACGCAUGUGCUCACCACAACCAAAACUUCCCGAAAUUCGACAAAGGGUUUUGCUUUCUGCAAAUAAUCAUAUAGACAUUUCCCUUUCAUUCAAAUACAUUAACUCAUUCGGAACAAUGCAGCGAAUUUUUGGGUACGUCAGCAAGUUUAUUAACAUCAAAAAAUCGCCAAGGUCAUCGCAACUCAAGGCUGAAGACAUUCAUCAGGGAACUCAACUUCUUAUUCGCAUAGUACAAAGAGCGCAAUUGCGGCCGGAGUACACUGCAUUGCAAGCCAAUAAAUGCGUCCCUAAUUCGAGCAGCAUUGCCUCGUUAUCGCCAUUCCUUGAUGACUUCGGAACUAUUAGAGUCGGUGGACGAUUAAAAAACUCGAUGCUUAGCUUUUCAUCGCGCCAUCCAUGCAUUCUACCGAAGGAUCAUCCACUGACGUACGCAAUAAUCACGUAUUUUCAUCGUAAGCAUCACCAUGCAGGUCCUCAAGCUUUACUCGCCUUUAUUCGUAUGCAGUUUUGGCCAAUAGGUGGCAGGAAAACAACAGCUCGCGUUCUACAAAAAUGCAUUAUCUGCCUCAAAUCAAGACCGAGACUCGUCGAGCACAUAAUGGCUGAUCUGCCGAAGGAACGCAUUCAGGCUUCGCGGCCCUUCAUAGUCACCGGUGUGGAUUACUGCGGCCCGUUUUAUUACAAGCCUGAAGUGCGCAACAAAUCGCCACAAAAAUGUUAUGUUAGCGUGUUCAUAUGCUUCGCUACAAAAGCUGUUUGGAUGGAGUUGGUAAGAGACCUUUCAACGGGUGCAUUUAUUGACGCAUUAAAAAGAUUCAUAGCCACGCGUGGAAUACCAAGAUGUAUCUGGUCUGACAAUGCAACGAAUUUUGUAGGCGCUAAGAACGAGCUUAAGGAACUACGAGACUUAGUUAUCAGUGAAAAACACCGCAGCAAACUUCACAACUUUUGCCUCAGUAAUGGGUUCGAUUGGCGCUUCAUUCCCCCUCGCUCCCCGCACUUUGGCGGUUUGUGGGAAGCAGCCGUAAAGACAGCCAAGCAACAUUUCUAUCGUUCCGCUAGCUCAUCAAUUCUUGGGUUUGAUGAAUUGCGUACAUUGCCCAACAUAUCUCAGCAACCAAACAACCUAACACCGCGUCCGCAACCGUUUCCGUUUCCGAAACCUCAACCACGACCGGAACCAAUGGACAUAGAUCCAUCAUUACGUACACGCCAUGUUAAUUACAUGAACAGACCACGCGCUAACGACUUUUUCGGUAAGAGACCUCCGAUCGAUAACCCACCGGUUCCGAAUAAAGUGCAAAGGAAUUUCCAUAUAGAUUCCGACCAAAAUUAUGGUCAAGAGCAAUCUAUAGCAGAACAUACAAAUGACUAUAUAGACCAGUACGAUGAAUUACAAGACAACGAUCUGACUGACAUAACAGAUAUACAUUUUUUAGACAAUAUAUUUACGGACCACCAACCCUUGACCCAAGCACUAAGCAACAAAAACAAUAAUGCAAAAAUGAAACGCUGGAAAGCUAUCCUGGAGGAAUACAAUCAUGAGCUCCAUUAUAAACCAGGUACGACAAACGUUGUGGCCGAUGCACUUUCACGAACGAUAACCGAACCAAUAAACGCUCUGUCCACAACCCAACACAGUGACGAAAGUUCAUCCGAUAAUCUAAUCCCGCACGUAGAAACUCCGAUAAACGUUUUCAAAAAUCAAAUAUUUCUAAACACUGGCUACAUGAGUACAGCGGACGUACAACGCUUACACAGCGCUUCCCACAAUAUUCCAGACGCACUGUCAGCAGAAAAGCCAACAGCAGCAACACCCCAAUUGAAUUAG